CUUCACCAACACAUUUAUUAUCCGGCGCCGCUAUCAGCGUAACCUUUUGCUCAAUCUCACGAGACAAAUCGCGACAUCUGAGAUUUGUUUUGCGUCCACACAGGCAAGAACAACGACGGUAUUUCCUGAAAAAAAAAAGAUCAAAUUAUCGCUUCCAGGUUUGAUGAUUCAAGAUCUUGCUCAUCAUUGUGACUAGUACCCCUGCCUUUUUCCUCCGCUCGUAUUUAAGUGGUCAGACCUCUUGCUUCGCACUUCCCAUCGCCGCUCACCAUAAAGCGACAAACCGCCGUCCUGACUAUAUCGUAGUACCAGCCAUGACCUGUUCUUGUUGUUGCGAAUGCAGCGAUCAACUGCCAACAUAUGAGUCGCUACACAUCCCACACUCAGUACCCUCGAUGUCGCGAGUCGCCGAACAGUCAAGUCUAAGAAGACCUGACAGCGGCAGGGCGCUCUCAAUGGUGACGGCCGAUUCAAGGAGUAUGUCUCAGCCAGCGUCUCCAUUCUCUAGAGACGUCUCCAAGCUUCUCGGACCUCAGAAACCUCUGGCUGCUGACAAAAGCCUCGGGUCGGCAAAGAAGGCGCAGGAUUCAGCCUGGCAUUUUGACAACUCUAGCUCGCCUUCCAGUUCUUACUGUACACGAGCCAUCAAGCGUGGCGAUCAGAUAUGGCAUCAAUAUGGUUUCAUUCAGCCAUCUCGGACGGGACCUGUCAACACACCAGACAUCUUCUUCACUUGCAAGACAACGCCUCGUGGAAAAGAUAGCGAGCAAGCGAUCCGCCAGCAUUGCAAGCUCACCGUCGACACCUUACGAAUGCAUCGGUCACGCAGCAAAGGAUGCAACUGUACCUUCAAAGUUCUACGAGAGGAGAAUAGCAGAUGCAACGCAAGCUGGUACCAUAUAUUCACGCUGUUCUUAGCGCAUGCUGUCCAGCAAUUCAUGCUGCAACAUGACAGGAUUUGCUCAUGCGGAUGUUUUGACGUCGAUGAAGACAAUAGCGAUGGAACUUCUGGUCAGUGGUUGAGGGAUGGCUGAGAUCAAAGUAGUACUAGCCAUAGCUAAACGUACGCAUCGGAAGACGAGGGGUGCUCUAAAGGCUUUGAGAAUCACGCAAGGCAUAGUUUCAGACAGAUUUCGAUCACAGAUAGUAUCAAAUACCGUCCUCAAUACUACUCUACCUUGUGAUUAUCAGACCUUCGGAGCUAGAGCGUAAUCUCCUACACGUACUCG